GAUGUGUUGGCUCGAUCCCUGUCGUUGGGGGACGCGGUGAUGCGAUUUUGUACGCCAGUCGUGCAUUGUCAACAUCAAAGCCGACAGGCAAAAGGGUCAAGACGUUUGAGAUCUACCGCUGGAAUCCUGAUACCCCUGGAACCAAGCCCCACUUGCAGAAGUAUGAUGUUGACUUGGAUGAGUGUGGUUCAAUGGUUUUGGAUGCCCUCAUCAAGAUUAAAGACGAACAAGACGCCACUCUAACCUUUAGAAGAAGUUGCCGUGAAGGAAUCUGUGGAUCAUGCGCGAUGAAUAUCGCUGGAGAGAACACGUUGGCGUGUAUCCAAAAAAUCGACACGGAUACGAGUAAGACCACGAAGAUCCAUCGUGUCGCAU